CUGAUCAGUUGGUUCUCGAACGUUACAGUUAAUAGAAGUGUCUGAAUAGCACUUUGCCGAAUUUCUCAUCACGUGGUCAUACUGUACUGGGGAAGGACCCCAUUAGGGAUGGGCAAGCGACUCACGGGCCGUUGAUACGUACUGGAUUAGACAAGUAAACAAUUUUGAUUUGAUAUUAAUUCCAACUUCAAUCAAUUACUGUAUUCAUUGUAAAAAUCUUGCGUUAUGACUCAACUGUUGCGCGAAAUCAGAGCAAAAGUUAAGUGAAAUAAGAGGACAAAUUAAAUGAUCAAGGCUUGAAGUUUUGCUUUAUAGUUCCCCAAUAAAACUGUUUUGUGAGAGCACGUUGCUCAGUUAUUCACUGAAAAAUGAACAAAUCGUUUGUAUUACUACUCGCUAUCGCAGGUUGUGCUUCUGCUAUAUCAAGAUGUACUCAGCCAACAAAGCACUACAGUGAGAUGGGAUGCACUCCCAGUAACCAACAGAAUGGACAAGGUUGUCCCGUAAGCUACAACUGGCCGAGCUUGAGAAAUCGCCAAUCCAGCAAAUGUUUUCUGUUCGGAAAGGACUACGAUCUUGAUGAAUACGUUCCGGACACGGAAUUUGCCCCCCAAUGCGUAAAAUUUGUAAAAUGCAGGCAAUACGAGUUUGCUGAUGGACAUUCUAGUGCGCGCUUCGCCUACGCAAAAAACGAAUGUUACGAGACUCGCAGUGAGAACUGUGUAAAACAGUACGAGUUGGACAUGUGCUGCUCGAUGAGGGUCGUUUGUGAUGAUGAUCGUAACAAGUUGGUACGGUGUAACGUGUCGGGCCAUUCCUACUACGAAGGAGAACGAAUAGAAAUACCCGGUGAUCCUUGUGGAUACUGUAUUUGUGCAGCUGGAUUUGAUGAGACGAAUUUAUCCAGUUACGGAAGUUGCAUGGAGUACAAGUGUGCAUUCAAGCUAGAUGAAACUUUUGACGAUGGAGUCAUCCCCGUCUACCAAGACGGCAUCUGCUGUCCGACGGAAUGGAGGUUGCCUAAUUCUACCGAUAAACUUGUAAAAAGUGCCGUAGCAAUUGGUGAUCCCAACCUUCAGUGUAAAUAUGGAGCCAUUACAAUGCAUGUAGGAGAUUCGUUGGAACCUGUUACUAGUGCAGACGGAACCAACAAAUGCAGCUGUGCGAUUCCUCCACUUGCACAUUGCAAAUUCGAGCAAAAAAUUUUUAUUUGAUGUGUCUUUCGUAGUUAAUAUAUUUUGUAUUAAGGGGUUAAUUGCACGAAUGCGAAAAUUUGCAAUCUACGAUCUAGCAACACUGCACGAGAUUAUUCACUACAAAUUUUCGAAAACAUUGUUUUAUUUUACUUGCAUGCUGUCAAAGUGAAGAAAAGUGAUGACAACCAAACUCAAUG